AUGGUGCAAGAAUUCUAUGCCAACGCCUGGGUCACCAAGAAGCAUGACACUAGUGUGAAUCCAGACCCGAAGUAUUGGCACACCAUGGUCAGAGGGCAAAUCAUAGAUUUCAGCCUUGAGAGUGUGAGGAUGGCGCUACAGUUGCCUCAGUCACGAGCUGACCCUCAAUCAUUCACUCGAAGGGUCAACUCUGACCAAAGGCUAGAGCAAGUUCUUACUGAUAUCUGUGUGGUUGGAGCUCAGUGGAGGAGGAACGCCCAAGGCAAGCCGUACCAACUGGGUAGGCUUGACCUUAAGCCAGUGGCUAGAGGAUGGUUGGAGUUUAUCCAACUCCCAAUCCUCACAAAGAUCAAUCCAAGAGAAGAAUACAAGGCCAUUAGCUUAAGGAGUGAAAGAGUGGUUGGCAAGAAGAAUGAGCAAGCUAAGGCACCCUUAGAUGUAGAGGAAGAGAAAGAAAAGGAAAAGAACCAUGCACAACCCUAUGCUCCAAAAGAGAAGGAGACAUUGAAGCAAUAUGAGCCAAGAAUUCCAUUUUGCCAAAGGCUUAAGAAGGAGAACAAAGAAAAGCAAUACUCCAAAUUCUUGGAAGUGUUUAGGAAACUCCAAAUCAAUAUUCCUUUCAUAGAAGCCUUGAAGCAAAUAUGUCUCUACAUUAAAUUCAUGAAGGAGUUGCUUUCUAAGAAGAAGACUUUAAGAAAAGAUGAGACAAUGGUUAUGACCAAGGAGUGUAGUGCAGUUAUUCAAAGAGACUUUCCAAGAAAGAUGAAAGAUCCAGCAAGCUUCCAAAUCCCAUGCACUAUUGGGAGCACCACCUUUGAGAAAGCACUGUGUGAUUUAGGAGAAAGCAUCAAUCUAAUGCCUUUGUCCGUAAUGAAGAAGCUACAAAUAAAGGAGGUAAAACUAACAGAUAUAGCUCUACAAAUGGUGGAUAGAUCACUUAAGUAUGCACAUGGAGUAGUUGAGAACAUCUUGGUCAAGGUGAAAAAUUUUUUCCUUCCAUCCGACUUUGUAAUCCUUGACAUGGAAGAGGAUGAGAAUGCUUUCAUCAUUCUAGGAAGACCAUUCCUAGUCACUGGAAGAGCCCUUAUUGAUGUAGAAAAGGGAGAACUCAUGUUGACAUGA